ACCAUCAGAAACGCGUCGACACCUGCCGUAGUUAUCCAGUUAUCGACAAGACAACGCCCAAAGCGGUUGGGCAUGCUGAACAGUGCCGAGUGACAGAACGUGGAGUGUUUCGAGUGUGUGUGUGUGUGUGUGUGUGUGUGACAAGUGUUACUAAAUAUAUCCAUAGUGCAGUGUGGUUACAAACGUAGUUCAAGAUUCGUCCAGAACAGUGGAACUUAGUUCUUUCUCUAAGCCGUAACCUUUCAACAACCAAUCGAACGCUAGAGCACGGCCCCGUAGCACAGCCAUGCGGUGGAAAUUACUUCUGCUGCUUUUCUGUGCGGUUUCGCUGAUCUCUCUAUCAACCAAUGCCGUCGCAGAGGAGUACGACCAAGAUCAGGAUGACGCAACCGGUAACGCUGACGAGGAGGACUACAGUCCGGUAGACACAGCGGACGGUGAAGAUCAAACCGAACCGGAACAAAGCGAUCCGAACGAUGACGAGCCGGGAGACACCGAUCAAAAACCAAACGACGAGCUCGUUGACGUCGAUGCGGCCGGUGUGGACGAAGUCAAGGAUAAGAAGGGUAGAUACUACAACUACGAUGACUUCAUGUCUAGCCUUGAUCUGUCCGAUUCCAACUACAACUGGGAAGAUCCAAUGAACCGCGUCCAGCCCAAGGAACCACCGAAUCAUAGCAUCGACGGUGGCUAUACCAUCAAUCCGACCCGGCUCGCUCAGAUCCGUCGGAACUUCCUGUACCCGUUCUACGAUCGGGGUGGCCCGGAAGAUACCGGCGAUCUUCAGCGUGACAUCCACGCGUCCAUGCCGCAGGUCCACAAGAACUUCAACUUCCAGCUGCCCUUCUUUGGCUUCCGGUUUAACUAUACGCGCGUGUCGAUGAACGGAUUUCUGGAGUUUUCCGACCCGCCGGAACACUACACCUACCCGCUGUCGUUCCCCAUCAAGGACUGGCCGCAGCGGAACGAUCCGUCGUUCAUCGGCAUCUUCUUCUCGAAGUGCCGUAUCGGACGCAUCUACCAGACGGACUUUGAUCAGCGUUCGCCCGGUGUGUACUUCCGGAUGGAGCGCGAUCUGAUGACGCGUACCGAUCGGGCGGGUGUGGAGAUGCGCGAGCGUGUCAUGUGGGACAUUCGGGAGGGUGUGGUCGGUUCGGACACGUUCGUACCGAAGCACGUCAUCAUUACCACCUGGAAGAAUAUGAGCUUCGCUGGUGGUAUUGAUAAUUCACUUUACCGGACGAACUCGUUCCAAAUGGUUCUGGCCACGGAUGAAGUGUACACGUACGCCAUAUUUAAUUAUGCUGAAAUUAACUGGUCCUCGCAUACGGAAGCCGGAGGUGAUACUACUGGCGGAGAAGGUGGUGUUCCGGCCUACAUCGGGUUCAAUGCAGGCAACGGUACGCAGGCCUACGAGUAUAAACCCUACAGCCAGGCGUCCGUACUGCGCGAUCUGACAGGGCGUGGCUGGGCAAACGGAUUCCCCGGUCGGCACAUCUUCCGUAUCGACGAGCGCAUCAUGCUCGGUACGUGCAAUAAGGACAUUGACGCAUCGCAUCUUCCGCUGGUGUUUGCGCCGGAGUCGGGCAACAUGCUUGGCGGUACGGUGGUCAACAUUACGGGACCCUGUUUCACGCGCGAGGAUCGCAUCGCGUGUCGGUUUGAUACGGAGGAGGUUGUCGGUACGGUGGUCGACACAAACCGCGCCAUCUGCAUCCAACCGUUCCUGAAGGCGCAAGGCUACAUCCGGUUCGAGAUCUCGAUCGGUACGGAUCGGUUCAAGUGGCGUGGACGGUACUUUGUCGAGACGCCGGCAACUGCCACCGAUCGUAUCUUCUUCGAGACGGACGAUGUGCAUCGGCGCAAUCCGAACGAGAUCCGUAUCACCUGGAACCGGUUCAAUCUGACGACCAACCUGAACGCUAACGUGCAGAUUUCGCUGUGGGGUUACCGUGAGGCAACGAUUCGGCCGGAACUGGAGUUCAUCGAUAUGAUUGAGACGCAGCUCACCAAUACGGGUGCGUACACGAUCGUGCCGGCAAACUAUCGCAUGCGCGAUAACCCCCGUACCGUCGACAUGCAGUUCGGCUUUAUCCAGAUUAACCUCACCAACCCGGAACAGUACAACAAUCUCAGAAUUUCACCUGUGUUGUGGUCGAAACCAAUACCUCUCGGUUGGUACUUUGGUCCACAGUGGGAGCGUAUACAUGGUCGAAACUGGCCCCGGGCACUGUGCGAAAACUGGCUGCGUACGGAUCGGUUCCUGCGCAACUUCGCCCACGAGCUACCGAUCUGUCCGUGUACGCUGGAACACGCACUGCAUGACAAGGGUCGGUUCCUGCCCGAUCCCGACUGCGACCGCGACUCGAACCCGACCUGCCUGCAGCACCGUGGUGCGAUACACUGCGUCCGCUCCGGGCAACCGACGGUGCAAGGGUCGGAGCAGCAGUGUUGCUACGAUCGCAACAGCUACCUGAUGCUGUCGUACGAUCAGAUGUGGGGUUCACGCCCGCGCCGUAAUCAUAACAUUGGCCAGAUACCGUGGAACGAAGCGAACAAGGUACCGACCCUGUCGACCUGGUUCCACGACGUCCGCCCGUACUACUCGUGCUGCAUGUGGCAGGAUGAGCAGGCAGUUGGGUGUGAAACGUUCCGGUUCGAGCGACGCCCAUCGCAGGACUGUAUCGCGUACCAGUCGCCUGGCGUUGCCGGUAUAUUCGGCGAUCCGCAUGUCGUGACGUUCGAUGGGCUCCAGUACACGUUCAACGGGAUGGGUGAGUUUGUGCUGCUGCGAGGCAACAAUGGCCGGGAGCGGAUCGAUGUGCAGGGCCGGUUCGAGCAGGUACCGCGCAACAUCCACGGUCCGGUAAUGGCGACGCAGCUAACGUCGAUUGCGGCACGCGGUAACACGUCCACCAUUAUUGAGGUGCGGUUGAGGCCGCGGGAAGCACAGUGGCGCUACCGUUUGGAUGUGUUUGCCGACCAGCGCCGUAUCUACUUCGAUCGGCAGAGUCUCAAGUUCCAGCACUUCCACGGUGUUACCGUCUACACGCCUACCUACAUCCUGAACCAGUCGGAGGUGGUCAUCAUGUUUUCGUCCGGUGUCGGUGUGGAGGUGGUCGAGAACAAUGGCUUCAUGACGGCACGGGUCUACACACCUUGGAGCUUUAUCAAUAAAACGCGCGGCUUGUUCGGCAACUGGAGCUGGGAUAUGAUGGACGAUCUGACAACACCGGGUGGAGCAAUCAUACAGCCCAACAUUAACAACUUCCAGAAUGUGCACGACCAAUUCGGGUUACACUGGAUGUUAUCGGACCGUGAGGUAGAGAACGUGGGGCAGGCACUGUUCACACGCGAGUUUGGUCGAACCUCCAGCUACUUUGCCAACGCAAGCUUUGUGCCGAACUUUGUGCGGGAACCGAGCCAGUUCCUGCCGCCAAACCGAUCGCAGGACAUACAGCGGGCGGAGGAGCUGUGUGGCGAGAGCUACCAGUGUCGGUUCGACUACGGUAUGUCGUUGAGCCGGGAGAUGGCACACUUCACCAAAAACUAUCAUGCGAGCGUGGUCAACAUACAGACGGUAAACGAAAAACGUGUAAUAUCGUGCGGUAUUCUGGAGACGCCUCGCUUUGGACGUAAAUCCAACUUCCUGUUCACGCCGGGUGCACGCGUGUCGUUCGAGUGUAACGAAGGCUUUUUCCUGAUUGGCGACUCGCGUCGCAUCUGCUUGGAGAACGGCCAGUGGGACGUUCCGGAGUAUGGCUACACGGAAUGUUUGCGUGGUGUGUUCUAUUCGCGCCGUACGGCUUGGAUUGCGAUUGGCAUUGUCAUUGCUGUGAUCAUACCGCUGAUGCUGUGCAUCGUGUGCGGCGUAUACUGUUUGCGCAAGCGCAAGCGCAAGGAAGACCCGGACUGGCGUUUACCGCUGCCAUCCCGUUCCGGUUCGCGGGCGACACUGCGCAAGGGCGACGACAGCGAGUUUGACGACACCACGAUCAAGAAGACGCUCCGGUACGAUGCGACCUACCGGACGAACGAGCCGCUCGAGGGCAAACCCAACAUCCAGUUCGAGCCGAAAAAGAUGGACCUGGACGAAGAAGAUAUCACAUCCUCGGAAGGAGGUGAAUAUAGCGCUAAGGUUGCACGCGAUAUCGAGUAUAAAAACAUGGCUGAUCAAAAACAACUAGGUCGACGCAGCCAGCGCGGGCUCCAGCAGGCGGGCAUGUUCUCCGGCGAGGAGGAAGAGGAUGACGACCCGAAGGGAUACCCACCACCACCGCCCCCGGUCACGAUGAACCAGCAGCAGCGCCAGCUACAGCAGCCCGGUGCGGACUCGCCCACCCAGACGUACGGUGCGUACAGCCCCACGUUCAGUGACAUCGAUCAGGUGAGCAGCUUCGCGACCGAGGACAACUCACCACUGAACCAGCGGCGUCCGCAGAACGGCAACCUGUCCCCGAUGCCCAACACUAGCCGCAGCUACUACACCGGCGAACAGGGUCAAACGCAACCGCUGGUCCAGAACACGGGACUGCCGAAUCGUAUGGAUAGUCGCUCGACCGAGGUUUAAGGACCAGCAUUCUGACAUCAUCAUUCAAUCAGUAUAAUACGAGCACAACCACACACCGACACACAACUCUAGUGAGGCUCUUGGUGUGUGUACCUUUUGUUUCAAAUAUGUCCAUGGCAGUCAUGCGGUAGGGAAAGGCAACUUCUUGUGUAGUAGUUUCAGCACACUCUAAGCAAAUAGCAUUAUAUAGAUUGCAUGACUUCCGAGCUCUGCUAGGUAGGCACAGUAACCAUAUCAGUUUUGACCUUAAUCUUAUCUUCCUUUAAGUACGUCGACAGUAGAGCGACACCCCGCACCAAGCGGAUGGGCUCGCGUUAUAUUGAGGUGGCUUGAUAAGAUAAGCGCACCUACCUCCGGACAGGUAGCAAUAUAGAGUAUGUGUUUUUGUUUUUGGAGCAGUGCUUUUAGCUCCUGCCUUCCCAACAUUCCAACAAGACACAUGUGGCGUUAUACAGGCAGCAGCAGUAACCUUAAACAAAAGCACACAGCACCACAGCAAUGGCAAUGCCGGUUUCGCCUGUUCAACGCUAGUACAUCCACGAGUUAGCACCUAACCUUCGAAAUUGGGGGACGAACCAGCACGAUUUGGACUCUAUACUCUAUACUCUGUUCUCCCGCAUUGGGCGUGUGUCGUUGCAGGUGGGGAAGAGUACGUUGCGCGCAAUACGAGCACCUCGUUCGGCAUUGUGCUGAUCAUCGUCAUCCCAAUACUGCUCAUCGUCAUACUAAUCGUACGCUACAAAAUCAAACACUUUCAACGUAGGUCCGGCGAGAAAGGCAGCAACAGUUUUUAGUAGAGCCAUGUCAUGUGUAGGCCAUCGAAAAUAGUACAAGCCUUCACCGAGCAGAACCCCCAUCGAACGACUAGGCUUAGCGUAACUGCGUAGACAAUAAGGACCGUGGUUCAUCCUCUUCCUCUCCUUAAACUACUUUUAGGUUUUAAAAAGCUUUUCUUUUUUUUGUUUAAUGUAAGGUUAUGUUGGAGGACGCAAAGAUAACAAAACAAAAAACAUGUACGCACCACGUGCUCAAAUAGCAAUACGCAUCAAGUUGAUUUUUUUUUGCUCUUUGCUUGUCUAGAUCGGUAAUACAGCUCUCACAAGCAAACUGACAUAGCGACACAAUGUUACGAGCUCUUGAAAUGUUUCAUUCCAAUUCUACAAGUCAUUAAGCAAGCGUCCACAAGCUUGGAACAGUGCGCGGAUCAAGAUAUCCAAGAAUAGCUUAAACAGUUUUCUUGGACUGGCUCACUGCUUUCGGAUUCUUGUGGACUCUUGUUUUAUAACCUGGAAAACAAUAGUAGACACUAGCUUCCGACUGCUGAAAGUCUAAGGGAAUUAUCCUCCAGCUCCAGAGAAAUAUCACAGCAUCAAACUGAACGUGUACCGAGAAAACAGUUAAUAAACAUUUAGGUUUUUUAUCUAACUUAA